GACGCGCCGCUUGCAGCUGUCACAUUUGCUUUCAUUAUAAAUCUCAUUGGAGAAAAACAAAAAUUUAACUGGGUUAUAAUGCACUUUAAAAACGUAUAGAAAUGGACCAGCAAUUUUCAUUGUCUUGGAACAAUUUUCACGGAAACUUGAGCAAAGGUUUUGCCGGUUUGCUCGGGAAAGGCGAAUUCGUCGAUGUUACGCUAGCUGUUGAAGGGCAUUUACUUCAAGCGCACAAAGUUAUUCUAUCAAUAUGUUCUCCGUACUUCAAGAAAAUGUUUCAAACGAAUCCCUGUCAACAUCCUAUAGUUGUAUUAAGAGAUGUGACUCUGAAAGCUAUGAAAGAUCUCUUACAAUUUAUGUAUCAUGGAGAAGUCAGUGUUAAAAGAGAAGAUCUCACUAGUUUUAUAGGAACAGCUGAAGUAUUACAGAUCAAAGGAUUAACUAAUAAAGAGACUGAUGAUGAAGAAGAAAAAAUUAAAGAUAUAUCUAAGCAAAAUUUGGUGCACCAGAACAGUAGCCCUGAUCCUGAGUCAUGUACAUCUGAGAACUAUGAUAACAGUCCUAAUGAAAUACCAGAGAGUAAUGAACAUGAAGUAAUGAAACAAAGGCAAUUUAUAGAAAAACUUCAAAGGUUGAGUCACUUAAAGAGAAAAUCAGAAGAAUUUCUACAAAGUGCAUACUAUUCCGAUAUCUUAAAUACUGAAAAACGAGCCAAAAUCAAUGAUAAAAUGGCUUACAGUAAAGUUAAUAAUUUACUACACAAUAGCAAUUACGAUAAUUUUAAAAAUGUUUAUGACGAAACCCCCAUAGAUAUAACUCCUACAUUGAAUACAUCGGUGCACAAAGAUAAUGUAGAUAAAGAUGAAGACUGCAAAGAACAAUCUGCAAAUCAAAUGGAAUUAAAAACGGAAUGUGAUGAAAUAGACAUCGUUGUGACGGAUCCUGCCAUUUGUACAACUCCAAAAAGUUACGAAGGAUCUAGAGAUAGCAAAAAUAAUUCUACAGUUGCAUUGGAAUAUCAAUCGCCUCAGGACAAUACCACAAGUUUGAACUCACUAUUUUUGGACCUUAAAAACUUAGUCAAUGGUAAGGUGACGAAUGCAAUGUUAAGAAUUAAUCCUAACGAAGAGUUCCCAAGACCAAUGCUUGAACAUCGUUUGAUAACAAUACCACAGAAAGAAGAUGGGAAGAAGAAAUAUCCGCAACGCUCCUGUAGAUUGUGCUGGAAAUUAGGAAAGAGACGAGACACUCGGUUUAUGUGUAGUGCUUGCGAACUACCAUUCUGCAAGUCACCGUGCUUUGAAGUACACUUUAAUGGUGUUUUUAAAGUUUCUCAAUUACAAGGAGACUAUUUUGCUACAUAAAAACUUAUUUCACAUCACAAACCCAAAAUGGUGUUAUUUUAUAGAUAUAAGAUUAACAAUAAGAAGUGAUAUUUGUUUAGAGCAACAGAAAAAUAAAGAGUGAAUCAAAGAUUCAAAGGAAAUUGGGACCAAAAUUUCAAUUCCUAUAAAACAUCCUAUAAAUAUUUAAAAAAAAAAAAACGAAAUUAUUUAUCAAUUUAUAAA